AUGUGCCAGACCCGCGUCUCGCCCGAGCCCUGGCUGGUCGGACGCUGGCGGCGCGUCGCGCUCGCCUCGACCCGCAACCGCGGGAGUCGGCGAGCCUGCCUCUGGUUCUGCAAGUGCCUCCUGAUCUUUCCGCUCCUCUUCAUGGGGGCGUGGGCCUUGAGCCCACUGGCUUGGGCAGCGUGGAGUGGCAACACGAUCACCGCCGAGUCAACGCUCGCGGAGCGCGAGCUGGCACGUGAGCAUCUCGCCCAGCACCAUCUGCGCCUUGCCGCCGCUACCGAAUGGAAGAACGACCCUGCCAUGGCCGCUCGCGUCGGCGUGCUGAUCCCCUGCCACCGAUCCGCGGCCGAGAUUGGCCGCACGCUCAAGUCUGUCAUCCGACAUAUCCCGCCUGGCAACAUUGUGGUGAUAGACAACAGUAACGAGCCAAACCCUCCCGACGAGACCAAGGCUGUGGUCGCGAGCGUCCAUCCCAAGAUUGUGUAUCGGUACCUCGGCGUCGGGCACAAGACGAACGCGCUGAGCGUCGGGCUGCAGCAGCUGCCUCGCUCGUGCGACUUUGUGCUCCACCUCGACGAUGACACGAUGCUGCCGGAGCACUUUGUGCUCGACGAGGGCAAGUUUACCGACAAUGCGGUCUCUGCGAUCAGCUACGGCAUCGAGAUGGUCCACGAGAACCAAGUCCAAGCCGCCGUCGACUUCGAGUUCAAGCUGUUCUCCACGACGCGCGCGCUCGCCGACCACUGGAGCACCAUCUGGUUCUGCCACGGCAUCGUCGGCCUGUGGCGGCGCGAGCGCUUCGAACGCGCCAUGGCCGAUCAUCCCUUCCUUCCGUUCGGGGAGGACAACUGGCUCGGCAUGCUGAACCUGCUGCACAACUGCAGGAUGGGGAUGGAGUACCGCUCGUUCGUGCGCACGUUUGCGCCGCCCACGCUGCUGCCGCCGCCGCCGUGCGUCGGCCACCUCGGCUUCCACGAGAGGCUACAGGGCUAUGGCGCGAGCAGCGUCUGGAAGCAGCGCGCGCACCGCUGGUACGUCAACGCGCCGCGGCGCACCGCCUGGCGGCUGCUGCUGCUGCUGCUCUACGACUGUGGCGAGUGGUGGCGCAACGCCGGCUUCAGGCUCGCGUCGCUGCUCCACUUGUGGCACAUCUGGUUCGUGCUCGCGCAGCUGCCCAUCGAGCUGCUCGCCAUCAGCACGCACGGCGAGUGGCUCUUCUUUGCGCUGUGGAACGGCCUCAUCUACACCACGGGCAUCCUCGAGGGUGCCGUCAUGAACUACGUCGUGUGGCGGCGCUCACCGUCGCGCCAAGUCGCGCUGCGCACCGUCAUACUGCAACCGGCGUACAACUACUUCUUGCAUGUGGGCUACAUCUAUGGCCACUGGAGAUCGGUGCUGUACUACAUCCCGUGUUGGCCCAUGGAGUAUCGCGGUAGCCCGAAGGCAACCGGCCUGGGCGCGGGGAAUGGGCUACCGCAGCUCUGA